UUCGAUAACGCUGCUAUGCUGCUCUAGCUGGAAUGCGAGCUGGGCGGAGGCCGGGGCGUGGCACGGGCAGCGGGGCGAGCACGAGGAGGCUAGCUUGCUAGUAGUAGCCAGGUGCCUGUAAUUUAAAUUACUAAUAGUACUUGACUCUUUUUGAGCUCAGUUUAUUCAGCAUUUAUAUGAGCAUAAUAAUAGGAGUGGGAGGAUUGUGGAGUCGGUCGUAGACCGGCGUGAGCAAACAUGGAUACACAUAUAACUGAUGAGGAACUGUUGGAGAUAGCAAGGAAAGUGUGUUCUUCGAAAGUUUCUGAUCAUCUAUAUCAGGAUCUAGGACUCAAACUCGGACAAAAUCUUGGAAAUUUGGAAAGGAUACUUCUUGAAAAGAACAAUGAUUACCUCAGAAGCACUAUUGAAAUUUUAAUGGAAUGGAGGAGUUCGUCUGAGGCCGAGCCGAAUCCGAGCUCGCUUGAGGGAAUUUUAUCCUCACUUAGAAUCAAUACAUCUCCAUUGGCAUUGCAUACUGCAGCACGGUCAAGUCAGUCAUCUUUUAACCAGUCUCCUGCUGACAUUCCAGAACCUAUCACUGGGAUGAUAUCGGACACCGUCCUUCGAGAGAUAGCAGACAGUCUGGAAACCGAUGACCAGAUGGAGCGUCUAGCCAUGGCCUUGGGUUGUACCAGAGCUCAAAUCAACCAAUGCAACACCACCAAUCGGUUGACUGGAUCUGUGACAACCAAAGGGACGAUUGACUUGCUGACUUCCUGGAGGGCAACAAUUCAACCUGAACACCAGAUGAGCAGGAUGCAUGAAGCGAUGACAAGAGCCAAGCUUGUCAUGAUCAGAGAGACAAUACUAGUCAGAGCUGAAAAACAGCAGCAGGAUGAAAUGAGAGAGUAUCAGAGAUGCAGAGAAAGUCAACAACAGCGAGACCUGGCUGCAUCAAAUAAUCAGGAGACUACAACGUCUGUGGAUGGCUCUGGAGAUUCAACAUUUUCUAGCCUCUGUUCUAUGGACUCUGGAACAAAUAGAUCUUUGACAGAUCAAGGAGAGCCAGAACGUAACAUCUAUCUUGAAUUCAGCCAAGAGACGAAUCACGUUCGUAAGGUCAAAGACAUCAUCAGUAGAAACAACUGGACUUUGAUGACCGCUGCAGAUGCCAUGCUUGGAGUUCCAAAGAUGACAAGCAUCGAGGAUGCUCUGAAGGCCUGCUCUCACGUAGUCCUCAUCAUCACAAAGGAGGAUUGUGAGAAAGAUGAUCUGUACCAGACUAUGACGACAUACAUGGCUUUACAUCCAAGGGUGGAUGGGGGUAAUUGGAAGGGUCGGGUGAUAGUAAUCCGAUGCUGCGAUGAAAGAUACCUUCCGCAUUACUUGCAGGUUCUAAAUAAUACACAUGUCGACGAUAGUAACCUCGAAGAGCGCUUGAGGAAAGCCAUCAGGGGUCAAGCGGUGAAGAAAGGAGAAUCGUCAUCUGAUGUUGGUACCAACUCCACCCAGCCGAUGGAUGAAUCACCCAGAAUCCUCAUGAGUACCGAACCCGGCUCACAACCUACAACACCGGUGGGUUCAGAAGUUAGGCAGCUCUGCCAGCAAAUUUCCUAUAUGUCAGUUCAUGGAAAUGUUUACCAUAUUGAAUCUGUGAACAUUACAGGGGGCAGCCAUGGCAUGCCACAGGAACCCUCAGUCGUUCCCGUGAUCACCCGGCAGGAGCUCAGUCAACGGUUGAACGGUCAUCGCGUAACAUUGGACGAUUGGAAGGGUCUUGCCAUUGCCUUAGGAAUGGAGGAAGUCAUUGAUAGUCUGGAUCAUCUAGCAGACCCUACAGGGGAACUGAUUAAUCUUGCAGAGCAACGGAAGAAGAUCUGUAGCCCUCGGGAUCUUGAGGAUGCCCUGAAGCAGAUGCGACGAGACGAUUGUGUGGAAGUUCUUCAGGGUGGUCCAGCACAAUUACCAUUCAACAACCGACAAAUGAUAAAAGACCGGAAGAGUAGCAGUUCUAGUGAUGAAGGAUGAAUCUGUUACUGUGCUGGCAUGGUUCAUAAAAAAAUUUCUGGGACAGAAAAACUGGAAUUUCAGAGCAGAAGGGGUUAAAUGACACAUCUUCUGCUGCUACAUAAUCUAGUCUAAAAUAUGUUAUGAAGAAAACUAGUAGUUCUAGUGAUGAAUGUUAAUUCUUUCAUUGUGUAGCAUGGUUCAGAAAAUCUUGUUGAACCACAAAACUGAUUUGACCAUGAAGAAUUUCACUGGAGAAGGGUUUAAAUGACACAUGUAAUAUGCUGCUGUGUAAUCUGGUAUAAAGGACUUCUUUAACUUGGUGUGGGUCAUUUGGGGGAAGAAGGGAGGGCCCUGUUAAUGGCGGCAGAUCUAGAGGGUUACAGAUUUAACCCCCCCCCCCCCUUCAAACUCCAACACCCCCUUCUCUGUUGAAGAGGGUCAUACAAACGGAACAAGCUGGUGUAGCUAGGUUGCAAUGCGUCGCAGCUCAUUGUCAUUGGGUCAAACUAUGGACCCUAUUGAGAGAUAGACACCCAUCGAAUAGUUAAUGAAUUCACUAACAUGUGACCGUCAUUGUGCUCUGGGACCGAUUGCACGAAAGGGUCUUUGCAAGGACCGUCUUUCGUGCUGCCCAUUUUUUAUGAUGCGCCAUGUAAAACGCAUUUCAAAUUAAUUAUCUGCAAACAUAUUGUAUUUGGCUGUUAUAUUUGUUUAUAAAAUGAUGUGAUAUCUCAUUAAAUUGUAUAAAAUUUGAUCUAAAAGCAAGCUUCCAAACUU